GGAAAAAACAACUCUUGGCUCGCACUCCUUGGAAGGGUUGAAAUGACAGAACCAAGUUCCUGAUUCUUGUCUAAUCAUUUUGGAACAUUCACGCACCUGUCACCAAGAACAAAGAGCAUUUUAGGCUUGUCGAGCAAAAGGACAACUUCAACUGGCACCAAUUUCAGCAGGCUAGCAAGUGUUCAGCAAGUGGGAGAGUUCUCGCAAUGCUAUGGUACCUACCCUGUUGUUUUCAGACGAGACAUAAACUCCUGGCACCCCAUGCUCUUUGCGUGAUUCUCAGAGAUGCCAACUAAUCGAAACUAUGGUGAUGCGGCGCAAGCCGCGAUGAACUUUGCCACAAAGUCAGGAUCCCAGAGCAUUGCUCCUCUGUUGCCUACUCGAGAGUUACGUGACCGAAUUGAAAAGGGAGAGAAUGUGGUUUUGGUGGAUGUCCGUGGGAGUGAAGAACAAGCUGUCUCAAUGAUUCCUGGUGCUGUGACAAAGGAAUAUUUUGAGUCUGACCUUCUGCCAAAGCUUCUCGCAAGUGACCCCUCUGACAAGGCACCACUGGUGGUGCCUUACUGCACAGUUGGCUUUCGUUCUGGAGUGUAUGCGAAAGAGCUGAUUGAGCGGAAAGGGCUGAGGAAUGUGCGCAAUGGUGAGGGUGUCAUCAUGUGGACAUUUGACGGAAACGGCCUCGUGCAGCCGGGUGGCCCAGGUUCGACCGUUGCCCAGGCUUUGGGACGGUCGGCCGAAGCUGAGCUUGCCCAGACUGCCUGGCCGUCUGUAACUCGGGUACAUGUCUUUGGAAAGCCAUGGGACAUGGCUGCAGAAGGCUACACGACUGAGUACUUCUCUAAUACAGGUGGUGCUUGGCGCUUUGUCAAACAGAAGUGCUACAAAGCUGGCCCAACAUUUCUGCCAUGGUUCACUGUCUUUCUCCUCUUCUACCUGUUCUUUACCCCAGCCUGUGGAGUCAUGUACAGCUGUGGCUGUCGUUUGGCGCUCUCAAAGUUUGGACAGGUGGAGACAUGCAAUAUCUACUGGCCCGAUCAGCCACCAGAGCACAAAUGCCCGUGGUGCACUUGUCAAGGCAUUGCUUGCAUUUUUGUAGCCAGCGAUGCAAAAGCAUUUCGCGGUGUUUUGUUGUUGGACAUGCUGCCGGAUGGCUUUAUUGUGACUCUGGUGACCGUGCUUGUGCUCUACUUCACCUUUAAGGCAGUGGACCGAUUUCUGCGACGCAGAAAUUGCGGGGAUUGUGCAAUUGCAGCGGUGAAGACGGCAACAGCAAUCUCAUGGUUUGUUCUAUAUUGUCUAGCAUUUGGCGCUCUUUUCUUUGCUGGCAGCGCAAAUUAUCCAUACUUUUUAGGUUAUUCAAGGCUUGUCUAAAUUCUUUUGAGUAGGCCUUUCUGUUCAGGGAGCAAUCAGGUUCUGAGGCUAGUCUGUGCGUCACUGCAAAGCAGCCUGGCUCGCGCGGAGCAGCUUCUCAACUGGAUUCUGGAAGCCGUGGGUUGCCAUAGUAGCUUCAAGCUUCCCCAGUCUUGCUAAGAGCGAAGGCGCACAAAGAUCUGGAG